UAACGUUAUUAAUGCAUAUUAAAGAAAUAUUGUUUUUUAAGGCGAAUAUGGCAUUUCUAUCUUGUUAUUUACUUUAUAUAUUACCGAUAAAGAUAUGGACGUUUAGGAUGUGAAAAAAUAUACACUAUAUCGGCGCAAAUUUGUGGUAUUUCAUAAGGGUUUCACUGAGGAAAAAAGACAACUUCAACAGAAUAUUCGCAAAUUACAAAACCAACUCGAAGCUAAAGAACAGGAACAUCGUCAAAAGGAAUGGAGACUUGUGGACAAACUGAAGAAAAAUGAUGUCACAAUACAGACGCUAAAUCAAUCAAUCGCAAACUUAAAGAGCAAGAUGGACCAACAGAACCCGGGAUAUUCCAGAUUAACUGUAGCAAAGGAUGUUGAAUUGGAAACGUUGCAUCACCAGGAGGCCAAGAUGAGAUCUGAACUCGCGCGGAGAAAGAAUGAUCUUGAGAGGAGGCAGUGACAGCCAAAGGUGUGACGGGGGUAAAAUCCUCGAGAAAUUUUGAAAAUGAUCUAAAACAUUGGUGCCAAAGGAGCCAUCUUUUGAGAUUGUUUUUCCAUACCAGAACUAUGUAUAUAGAGUCUCUUUAUGUAAAUUCGUAAUUCAACUAAUGAUUGUAUGCAGUGGUAACAGGAAACUCAUCGAUUCCAAAUUCAGUUUCCGCAAUUCGCUGUAAUAAAGUUGUUGAAAAUAGAUUGCAAGUCGAAUCAUGCUCCUCUCAUAGUAGCCAUACCUAAAAGCCAGCUGAUGUGCUUAACGAGUCGAAGAUGUUGGCACACCAGCAGCGAAUAUGAAUAAUGAAGAACUUCCAGUGCAGAACGAAAAUUUGCGUCAUGUUAUUAAUCAAAUAAAAGUGGACAUGGAGGAUUUGACGAAACAGUUGACGCAACGUACCACUGGAUCGAUUACUAAUGCAGGAGAUGGCGUACCCAUUACGGAAGAAUAUGUGACAAGUCUGGAAAAAGAAAUUCGAGAAGUGAAGGCGAGAAACCGCGAACUGACCCAAUCCAUGGCUAAUACAAAUGCUAAAACUGAAAAAACUGAGCCAACUUACGUUUUAGAUGGAAGUAAGGAUAAUGUUCAUAUAAGAGGUCUGGUGGCACAGCUGAACAGCACAAUCGGUAGUUUACGGCAAGAGAAAUUAGACCUUACAUCUCAAUUGGGAAAUGUAAAGCAACUAUGGUUCAUCUUUAAUGUUUACUUCAUCAUUCUUGAAAAGAGUUGUCAACAGGGAAUCGUCGGGAUAACGAAGAAAUGAAUGCUUUGAAGCAGCAGAACUCUGAUCUCAAGCUGCAGGUAACCCAAAAAAGACACCAGGCUGACGAAUUUUACAAAACGGGUUUGAAAAGAAAUAUUGAUGCUGUAUCAUUAGGAAACCAGGUUCAAUGAUAUUGUUAAAUGACUAGAUCGCAGAUGCAAAAUGGAUAUAAUAAAGACAUUCUUUAGGUAUAUUACAUUAAAACAAAUUAAACGGGUAAAUGUAUCACAGUCUGAAGCUUAACGGUGAACCCACUUUCAUUUUUACUUUACCGUGUUGUUGGUUAAUGCAAAUCGAACGAAAUUUAUAUGUGCUUUUAAAACCGCAAGCAGUUAAGAGAGGAUUUGAUUAGUUAUCAGCCAGAGGGCAGGAAGGUCAGUAACAUCCUGGGUGAUUCACUGAGCAACAAAGCGAGCAGCUAUAAUCCUGAACCUAAGAUAUCAGUUGUGAGCCAUAUGCUGGACCGG